AUGGAUUACGGCCUGGGGUGCAGUGCCGUUCCGGCUGAUGGACGCACGAGUCGCGAGGCAGUACAUCUGCAUCACCCUGGCGGAGGAUAUCGAUUGCUAAAACCAGAGGAUCACCAGAGACACAGUCCGGUAUCGCCGCUGACCUCGCUGGCACCGCUGGUGUUCGUAAUAUCCGUCACGGCCGCCAAGCAGGGCUACGAAAACUACCUGCGCUACCGGGUGGACAACAUGGUCAACUAUGCGCUGGUGACGGUCGUUCGAAACGGUACCGAAAUGGACAUCCGCAGUCAGGACAUCCGCCAGGGGGAUAUCGUACUGACGGCGCGGGAUUGUGACAUCCCGUGCGAUCUGGUACUGCUGAAGUCGUCGGAUGAGGGGGGAAAGUGCUACGUUACGACGGCUAAUCUGGACGGCGAAACGAAUCUGAAGACGAUGCUGGUGCCGAAAGGGAUCCCGGAUUUGCCGGUUGAUAAACUGCACACACUGGGGAGGAUCGAGUGUGAGCUACCGAAAACGGAUCUGUACACGUUCAACGGGAAGAUAGAGUUGGCGGAAAUGCACUGCAGGCAGGACGUGACGGUCGUUGAAGGGGUGGAGACGGAGUUUCACGUGGUACCGCUGAUGGCGGAGAAUCUUUUGUUGAGAGGGUCGCGACUGAAGAAUACGGAGUGGGCGAUCGGGUGUGCGGUUUACACCGGACAGAACUCGAAGCUGGCGUUGAACAGCAAGAUGACGAGUAACAAAAUGAGUUCUAGCGAAAGCUUCAUCAACAAGUUCCUGGUGUUUUUCUUGGUGCUACUGGUUUCGAUCGUGAUGGUGUCAUUCUUCAUGAAACGAUAUAAUGAUCGUUAUCACCACGAGAACAAUCACUAUCUGGGCGAAUAUCUGAUGACCUACCGAGUGUCGCAGUUCCUGCAGGAUUUCUUCUCGUUCCUAAUUCUGUUUAAUUACCUGAUACCGAUUUCGCUGUACGUGACAAUUGAAAUGGCCAAGUUUUUGGGCGGAUUCUAUCUUGAAUGGGACUUGCAGCUGUACGACGAAGAAACUGAUCAACCCUGUAUUGUGAACACUUCGGAUAUCAACGAAGAAUUGGGACAGGUUUCGAUUUUGUUUUCCGACAAGACCGGUACCCUGACCAAGAACAUCAUGAUCUUCCAGCAGUGCUCGAUCAAUGGUAAAAUGUACAGUCAGAAGGGUCGAAGACUUCAGGAGGUCGGCCGGAACCAUGCGCUGAAAAUCAACGAGUGUUCGCGUCACGUUUACAACUUUUUCGAAGCUCUGGCCGUCUGCCAUACCGUGCAGGUGGCAGGUGACUACACCAACGAAGCCGACGACCCGGAAGCAGACGAGGAAGAGUCCGAAGACAGCGAUCGGAUGUUGGAACCAAACAACAACCGAACGGUCCGUAACUUUUCGCACAUCUCCGAGGAGAUCGAGGCUAGCCUCAGCAAUCAGUCGACUCUGAACGAACCGGAUUUCAUUCAACUGAAACAUCUAGGAGCUAGGAAUAGAACUCCAAUUGUAGCCCCUAUAGCCGAACAACCGCGCCGAGAGGUUGGCAGCGGUGAAUUCCUCAACCCCUUGCUUAGUAAAGCUAGUGAACAACCGAAGAUUUCCUUUUUAGAAAAUGCAUCCGCUCCAAUCGGCAGUGUCCCCGGCGGUGAUUCAAGACCGAUGAGCGAACCGGUCAUUCGUCGUCCCGGUAGCAUUUUCACCGGCCAGGACAACCGAGUGCACCCGGUAUCGCUGCAGAUUCCGCCCUUCGGCCGGUCACACUCCAACGAUUCUUCGCGGCGUUCGACUCGACCGCAGAGUUUGGUGGAGUCUACCACAUCCGAGGAGGUAACAGCGGAUCGUCCCCGCGACUGUAGUGUCCUACAGAACGGCAGCAAUGGCUAUUUGAACAGCUCGCUGCAAUCGAUGGAACUAAAGCGAGCGGUAUCGGCGUACGAGGAAAAGUCCGAGACUGAUCGAGCGGUGAAGACUCACCGUCGCACGCAAUCGCACAUUCCACCGGGGAUGGCCAUCAGGAGUAACGGGGGGGUAGAAAGGGGUCGCGGAUCGAUAUCAUUUCGGAGGGACCGUAACUCGAUUCGGUCAACAGCCAGAGAGUACUACGCAGCCCCGUCCUACACGGAGGCCUCGUUGAUUGAACGACAGCAGUCGGUAAUGAAGCAGGAGGAGGUGCUUUCUUUCAUUCGCAAGAUGGACUAUCAGGCCUCCAGUCCGGACGAGAAGGCCCUGGUGGAGGCGUGCGCCAAGAUGGGUCUCGUUUACGUCGGAGAUGACUCGGACGUGUUGAGCAUCAAGCUACGGGAGUCGUGCGUUAAGCGGAACGUUAAAUCCGUGUACGGUGAGCCACCGAAGGAAGAGCUCGUAAAAUACCAAAGGUUGGGUGUCCUGGAGUUUACCUCGGACCGCAAGCGGAUGAGUGUAAUUAUUCGCGAUGCCCAGGGACAAAUAUGGCUGUAUACCAAAGGGGCGGAAAGUCACGUACUGCCGCUGUGUACGAAGACCGCCUCCGGGCUGGUGAUAUCAACGCAGAGACAUAUCAACGAGUUCGCCAAACAGGGCCUGCGCACGUUGGCUGUAGCGAGGCGAAAAUUGACACAGAUAGAGUUUUCCAACUACAGAAACGAACUAAUACAGGCGGGUAGUUCGUUGACGGAUCGUGCCGCGAAGAUAGAGGAAUGCCAGCGUAAAAUAGAGACGGGGUUGGAGUUGCUGGGGGCUACCGCCGUUGAGGAUGCCCUCCAGGAUGACAUCCGGGAUACGCUGGAAUCCCUGCGGAAGGCCGGCAUCAAGGUGUGGGUUCUGACCGGUGAUAAGGUAGAGACCGCCCUGAACAUCGCUCUCAGCUGUGGGCACAUCCCGGACAAUGCCUUCCGGUACUUUGUUACCGAGUGCACCACCGUGGAGCAGGUUCAGCAGCACUUUGAUGUGUUCUCGUUCGAGAUGUUUCGGGCACCGGAGCGCGAGUAUGCGCUGCUUAUCGAUGGAGCGAGUUUGACGAUUGCGUUGACACACUUGAAGGAGGUGUUCCGAGAUGUAUCGAUCAAAUGCCGAGCGGUGCUCUGCUGUCGGCUCAGUCCACUGCAGAAGUGUGAAGUGGUACAGCUUAUGAAAACGGUGGAGAGUGGGCCGGUGACGGCAGCAAUCGGAGAUGGAGCGAAUGACGUGUCGAUGAUUCAGGAAGCGCACGUUGGGAUCGGAAUUGUCGGGAAGGAAGGUCGGCAGGCUGCGCGGUGUGCGGAUUAUGCUUUGGCAAAGUUUUGUAUGAUCAAAAAGUUGCUACUAGUGCAUGGUCACUUUUUCUCGACACGGCUGGCUAUUCUAGUGCUAUAUUUCUUCUACAAGAACAUGAUCUUCAUGGGGAUCCAGUUCUUUUUCCAGAUCCACAGCAUGUUCUCAUCGCAGUCCGUGUACGACUCGGUAUUCCUAAUGUUGUACAAUGUACUGUACACCUCGCUUCCUGUGCUAAUUCUAGCCUUAACUGAGAAACCGUACAAAGAGGAGUUAUUGAUGAAGGAACCUUCGCUCUACCAGCGAGUAGCCGGUAACAAACAAUACGCGUGGAAGUACUUCCUGGGCUGGAUAUUCCUAGCCCUAUACCAUUCAACAAUCGUCUACGUAUUCUGUUGGAUAGUUUGGGGAACCAAUUCAGCAAUCUACGCCUGGUGGCCUUCGACUGCUAACUUCGCCUGCUUCGGCACAAUAAUGAUCCAUAACGUAGUUGUUCUGGCGAACCUGAAACUGCUGCUAGAGGCGAUGUACAAGAGCUACAUCUUCAUCGCCAGUAUCUGGCUGUCGAUCUUCGGCUUCAUGGGGACGACCUUCAUCUACAACCUGUUCCACCUGAACUACGACGGUGAUAUGCUGCAGGUGUACAACAACUUGUUGUCCUCGAUGACAUUUUGGGUACUGAGCCUCUUGAUUUUAGUGGCUGCUUUUCUGCCGGACUUCACGCUGUUCGCGGGGCGAGCAAUCGGCAUCAAAGUAGGCCAAAUUUACCCGGGAGGAGCAAAGUACCGUGGUGUGUUCUUCCAGCGGCGGAAUCCGGGCAUAGAGAGUACGUACCUGUGACGAAUUGUGGGUUUAUUUUUGUCUUUCCAGCAUGACAUGCUAACGUGCCAAGUUAGGGUUAGGAUUCGUUGUACUGUGCCUUAAGUUAUUGCUGCUGCAGCGAUUUAUGUGUGUGUGAUAGAUAAUUCCAGUAUUUUAG